AUGCCGGAAGUCGGUCGGAUCGACGGUUACACGUGGUACGGUUCGAUACCGUAUCAAUGCCGCUGGGGAGCUCGGCGAAGACGCUCUCAGUCGCAAGUCCCAAGCUCGGAGCCGCCAGCGGACUCUUUGUCUCUUCGUGCCAGUCACUUCCAGUCGUCAGACACAAUUCACUCGCAAGCGCAACAAUUGGAACCCCCGCACUGCAAAGACGUCUCACUCGGAGCGCAUCAUCUUCGGUUGUACAAAGCGGCCGCGGCCGUACAGAACCCUCCUCCUCUGCGGACGGGCUCCCCGAGCGAUCUGCCCUCCUCUCUCCAUCGUCUGCCGCGCUCCGUUCUCCCCUCCUCCCUCUUCCAAACCACCCUCGGAAACAUCUCAUCCAGUCGGAGAAUCGCCGCCCAUAACUCGGUCUGCAGGACUUCAUUCCUGCUGACUGAAGUCGUCUCACUUUCAGCCUUUCUUUCCGCCCGCGGGCUGCGGCGCGAUUCCCAUCGCGCCUGGCUCAACCCGCCGCCACAACGCUCGCAAACCCCCUCAACUCUCUCCGCCGCGACUGAGUUUCCCCCUCCCUCCCCGUCGGCUAUCUCCUCCGCAAUCCUCAAUCGUUCCUCGAGACUCGUCGAUCAUCGAGACGAAGUGCGACGGUUCCGUGUGGUUGUACCAAUCCCCGCUUUGCUGCAUCCACUUCGCCGCAAAAGUCGCAUCCAGUCGCAGCUCCAUCCCACCAUCAUCGAACCCUCUCCCGUGUGUGAAUCGAUCUGGAUCUCGCCCAUGAUGAUGAGCGCAGCGUCCUUCUCGAUGCCGCUGGGCGAGCGUCCGUCAUAUUACCGCACACCAUCUCCUCCCCGACGCGCUGUGGAGCCGAUUACACCGUCGACUGCCGAAUUUCGAGGACCGUGGGCUGAACGCGAUCUUGCACGUGCUGCCAGCCUCGAACACGAUCAGCGCUCGCUAGAUGCUGGUCGGAGUACCGGCCCCGAUUCUGAGUGCCAUCAACGGUCGGGGCAUGGCCGGUCAAAUUCGACCAUUGACACACUCGCUACGAUAGCGCUCGCAACAAGUCCUACCUUCACGCCUCUCCUUCCCGCCCCCUCCUCUCCUCACUCUCGUUCCGCAUUCCCUCUUUUCUCCAAUGACUCGCAAAACUCCGAGCGACCGGCCAAGCGGGCCCGAUCGGAACGAGACUCUUCUCCAUAUCGCUCGCCCUCCUCUUCUUCCCAUGCACUGCCGCCCAGCGGCCAUCUACAACACUCCGUCUUGGACAGUAUGAAGACCGAUGCUGAGUUGCUUCUGAACUUUGCACGACCUUCCAACUUCUGGCCCAAUGGGCAUUCUACGAAACGGGUCAGCAUCGACGAAUCCUACCACACUCACCAUGGUGUCUGGGGAAGCAAUCUGGUUCGGCACGAUCGACAAGAAUACCCACAUCCUUCACUGCACUUCUCUGCCGAGGAUAGAAAACCAUCACAUCACAACACGGAAAACCACGUCCCGCCAUCUCGCUUGAGGUCACGAUCCGAUGGGUCGACUUUUCUAUCUCGCCCGAUUAUCCCUGGCGCGCGACCUACGACGAGUGCCGGGGCGUUGCCCCCCGUACUCUGGGAAGAGGAAGAGGAGGAACAUGCGAGAGUAUCGGACACGUCACAGUACAUGGGGUACGGACCACAGAGACAUGACGAACCCGACAAGAGCCUUCACGAUGCGACGACAGUUGCACCAAAGGUUGAAGAAGAUGUGAGAGGCGACACAACCCAGGCGACUUGUGCUGCAUGUCACAUGGUGCGAAUACCGGUCGAACCGGACGCGCAGCAGGAAGGAGAUACAUGGAUUGGCUGCGAUGGGUGUAAGCGCUGGUUUCACAUUCUCUGUGCCGGGUUCAAGAACGACCGAGAGAUUCGCACCGUCGAUAAAUUUAUUUGUCGAAAUUGCCGAGCUACUCAUGGGCAGACGACCUUUGUCCGUAAAUCCUCGAGGGCCCGCACCGCCAUUGAUUAUGCUGGGCUCAACCAGGGCGUCAUCAAGGCUGCCUCGGACUCGGCGGAACACCACUACCUUGAACCCAUCCGGCAAGGCAAGAUUCGAUUUCUGCCUGAAAAUUUCCCUCGCAUGAAGCCCGAGCUCAUCACUGCUGAGUACUUUGAACGCGGGAAUGGUUGGGCUGAGCCGGUCGUGAUUCCUGCCGCUUGGAAUCAUCGAGAGGCCAUGCCUGAGCUGGACGAGGACUUUGCAUCACUCGUGGAAGAGGCUCCAACUCAAGAGAUGUUCGAUGAUUUGCUAGACCAUGUCGACGAGGUCGAGACAGGCGUCCAGGAGGUGGUGGAUUGCGGACAAGAUCAACUCGAUAUGGUGGUACCACAAGGAUUGACCGUCCGUGCUGUCGCUGAGCUCUACGGGCCUGAAGAAAGGGUAGAAGUGAUCGAUGUCAAGUCACAACAGGGCGAGGACAAGCGGUGGAACAUGCAGAAGUGGGCCGACUAUUAUGAGAGCAAUGAACCCGACAAGCCAGUGAGAAACGUCAUCAGUCUGGAAGUCUCGCAGAGUAGACUUGGUCGACUGAUCAGACGGCCAAAAGUCGUGCGCGACCUUGAUCUGCAGGAUGCAGUGUGGCCGCAGGAGCUCAAGGCCAUUGGCGACUACCCCAAGGUUCAGUUCUACUGCCUCAUGUCCGUGGCCGAUUGUUAUACCGACUUUCACAUCGAUUUCGGGGGAUCGUCUGUCUACUAUCAUAUCCUCAGGGGCAAGAAGACAUUCUUCUUUAUUCCUCCCAAGGACAAGCAUCUCAAGAAGUACGAGGAGUGGUGCAAGUCUCCGGCGCAGGACUCGAUCUUCUUGGGCAAUCAAACGAAAGAAUGCUACCGCGUGGACCUUUCCGAGGGCGAUACCAUGUUGAUCCCAUCGGGCUGGAUUCAUGCAGUAUGGACGCCGGAGAACAGUUUGGUGAUAGGGGGCAAUUUCUUGACCCGACUGAAUUACGGCAUGCAAAUCAAGGUCCUCAACAUCGAGAAGGAGACUAAAGUACCUAUGAAGUUCCGUUAUCCGUUCUUCCAAAAGAUCCAGUGGUACACCGCUCUGCGCUACUUGGAGGAUGAUCCAAUUCCUCAAAACGUGAUGGACUCGUUCGCUCAAGACGAAAAUUACCGAUUUCAUCGGCGCCAUCCGAUCUACUAUGAAUUUGGAGAGCGUGCAAAUCAGGAGCAGCCGGGGUCUGCCUACUACAAUGCGCGCUUAUACUCUCAAGCUGAGCUGGAGGGGUUGCCGGAACUGACCAAAUACCUCUUGCGCACAGCGCUCAUCGCGAGCUCAUAUAACAUUGAGGGCGUAACUGUGGAAACGCGCAACGCAGUUCGACGGUCCGUUCCCAAAGGCAUUAGUGAUCCUGUCGACAUGAUCCGAAAGUUUGGCAUUUGGGUCGCUUGGAAGCGCGGCAACGAGAAGGCACCGCAGUGGACUCGUCCUGGCGUCAUCGAAUCGAACCCCAAGAUCCCGUUGAACGAGAAAAAAUCGGCCGGCCGCCCAAGCCGUCGGUCGGAGCGCAAUUUCGACAGUCAACGUACCUACGCUGAAAGACAGGCGGUUCAGCGGCCAUCGGAUGACGUCUCUGCUACGCCUGCUGCUCCAGCCAACAAUCCUCCUGCUCCCGUCCCCAGCGAGACGGCUACGCCUGCGACGCCUGUGGCACCCGUGGCGCCCGCCUUUGCAGGAGACGUGGUCGUCCGGGAGCCUUCAUCCGCCUCGAAGACUCGACCCGCCCAACGUGGCUCGGGACUGGGGCCAAAGCGGGUGGCCUGUGAUGCUUGUCGUCGACGUCGGAUACGAUGCCGACACAAGGACGAGCCUGGCGAUUCUGGCACCUUAGGUACUCAUCUGGGUGUAAAUGGGUUGGGACUCACCUCGGGUCUAAGCACCCCGUCAUCACUAGCACAAGAUGCCGUGUCUGCGCUGAACUCGCUCGCUGCCAUUGCUUCUCAGGCUGGCUUUCAGAGCAAUGGCGUUGUUGGCUUUGAUCAAUUUGAUGGGUCUGGCAAGUUUCAUUCAACAGUGAUGGGGACGUCUACUGUUGCGGGCAGUCGACUCGCCGAGCUGAGCCCUGAUGGUGUCAACGGGGGGAAGAAGGGCCGAAGUAAGGCGUGUGACGAUUGUCGCAAGAGCAAACGUCGGUGUAUACAUGAUGAGUUCGGUCGUGUCGAUCCUAUCAAAGCACAAGAACGGUCGAAACCCCGCGGAACAGCUUCUUCAAAACGACCCCGGCCCAAUGAGGAUGAGACUGUCCCAGCGCCGGUCAAGAAGACCAAGCAGGAGAGCACAUCUCCGAAUUUGCAUGCCAUGACAUUCGAAGAUUAUGCGGCUACAUCAUUACCGCAGGAUGCGCAGAGCGCGUACGACGUACUGCGCCACGCCCAAGCCCACCCCAGUAAAAUGGCCGAGGUCGUGACUGUUGGCCAAGCCCUGUAUGCAUCACCUCCUGUCCUCCACGUCGACUCAAUGGAUAUCAAAGAUCAGAGCUCCUUGGCCAUCUCUGAGAACCCAACCACCGCCUCCCUGGUAUCGCCACCCACGUCGCUGGCCGACGAGAUGGACCCGGUACAAGAAGGCGAGCCGGUGACAUCAGUAGAGGGUGAGACUUCCGGUGUUCUCCACACUCCCAAUUCAAGUUCGCGCCAUUCGUCUCGACAACCCCGACAUGGAGAACGGUUUAUCACCGAGAUCCCUCCCUCUCGCUCGUCAAAUCAUGUGACACGGCCUCCCGCGACACAGGUCACCCCUGGUCCCUCAUCGAUUCGGAAAUCGUCCCCUCGCCCAUCCUCAUCGCAUGCCAAGAAGAGCUCUCCGAUGGUCGAGACGCACUUUGGUCGACAUGCGACCACAUCUCUCUCCCCGCGCCAGUCGAAGCAUUCGAAGCACCGCGUCAAAGAAGAUGCAGACGAGGAGAGUUUACGACUGAUUCGGGAGCUUCAAGAGGAAGAAUUCGGACUCCGAAGGAGACGCGGCUAG